GCAGAAUUAAAAAUAUUGAAAUUUAUAAUUUGCAAUCAAAUGAAUUUCAGCUCAAAAUAUCAGUAUCGAAAUUUCUCUUCAAAGAUACAAUUGCUACUAUGGAUCUUGCAUGUAUUGAAAUCCCAAGAACUGUGCAAAAUUAA